AUGACGGACAAGUGGACGGUCGAGUCGCCCUGGCUGGAGCUGCACUGCGCCCUGGGCGAGGGGCCCUUUUACGAGAAGGCGGCUCAUGCGAUCCGCUUCGUCGAUAUCAAGAAGAAACAGGUGCAUACCGUGUCACUCGACCAGGGGCUCUCGUCGCUGCAGACGAUCCAGCUCGACGUCUGCCCCACCGUCACGUCGGAUAUCCAAGGCGUGGACCCGCGAGAGCGGAUCCUGCUGGGUGUCAAGCAUGGAGUUGCCAUACUGCAUCGCGAGACGGGCACGUACGAGAUGCUGGCGCGCUUUGGCGAGCCGGACAACGAGCGUCUGCGCAGCAACGACGGGGCAUGCGACCCGCACGGGAGGUUUUGGCUCGGCAGCAUGACCGACUUUGGCCUGGGAGAGAUGCAGCCUGAAGGCUCCCUCUUCCGUUUCAGCCACACCGGCCGCGAUGACGAGGUGAUGAAGGGGCUCACGAUCCCCAACUCGGUCGGGUGGUCGCCCGACGGCAGGGCCAUGUACUUUACGCACUCCAAAGCCCGCCAGAUCCUGGCCUGGGACUACGACCCGUCGUCGGGCGCCCUUGCGCGGCAGCGCCUCUUCUACCAGCACGCCGGGCAUGGCGAGCCCGACGGCUUCCGCAUCGACGUGGACGGCAACCUCUGGAGCGCCGUGUACGGCGAGGGGCUGGUGCUCAAGAUCAGCCCGCGGGGCGACGUGAUUGGGCGGGUGACGCUGCCGACGCGAAACGUAACCUGCGUGCAGUUUGCGGGGACGGAGCUGGUCAUCACGUCGGCGGCGGACGAGGCUGAGGAUGCCGACUCGGUGAGCAGGCGGCAUGGCGGUGCCGUCUUCAGGGUGGACGUGGGCACGCGGGGGCUGGAGCUCUUCGAGUUCGUGAUGGGUCCGCGUAGGAAAUGA